AUGUCUUUCUCCCAGUUCGGAUACCCCUACAGCACCACUUCGCAGGGGCUGCCCCGCGGCCGCUCAGCGCGCCCCGUCUCUCCGCCGCAGUUCCUGGUGCCCGGCAGCCCCGGCGCGUCCUGCUGCGAGCCCGCUCCCCGCUCCGGCCCGGAUGCGUCCUCGGCGCCGGCCGCCGCCUCGCUGUGCUGCGCCCCGUACGAGAGCCGGCUGCUGGCGCCCGGCCGCGCCGAGCUCAAUGCGGCGCUGGGCAUGUACGGAGCCCCGUACGCCGCCGGCCAGGGCUACGGCAACUACCUGCCCUACAGCGCCGAGCCCGCCGCCAUCUACACCGCGCUGAACCCCCAGUAUGAGAUCAAGGAUGGCGCCACCACUCUGCACUCGGGGAUCACGCAGCCCGCCGCUUACUACUCGUACGAGCACUCCCUGGGGCAGUACCAGUACGACAGGUACGGGCCAGUGGAUUUCACCGCUUCGGCCCGGCGCAAGAAUGCCACUCGGGAGACGACGAGCACCCUGAAGACGUGGCUGUACGAGCACCGCAAGAACCCGUACCCCACCAAGGGCGAGAAGAUCAUGCUGGCCAUCAUCACCAAGAUGACCCUCACCCAGGUCUCCACCUGGUUCGCCAACGCGCGGCGGCGGCUCAAGAAGGAGAACAAGAUGACCUGGUCUCCCAAGAACAAAGCAGGGGAAGAGAGAAAGGAGGACGGCACACGGCACGACGGGGAGUUCGGCGCGGGGAGCGACGGCCGAGAGCGGAAGAGCUGCAAGGAGGACAAGGAGCUGCGACUCAGCGACGUGGACGACCUGGAGGAGGAGGACGAGGAGGAUGAGGACGAGGAGGAGGCAGGGAAGGCGGCGAAGGGCCGGCCCGGCUCUCUGCAGGAAGCCCCCGGCCCCGGCACGGCUCUGCCCGGGGCCCCGCGGAGCGCCUGCAGUGUGCCCGGGCCGUGCCGCGCCUUCCCCUGCCCCCGGGCCCCCUCCGCGGCCCCCGCUGCCCUCGCCCCUCCGCCGCCCUACGCGUCCCCGGAGAAGCCGCGCAUUUGGUCGCUGGCCCGCACGGCCGGGGCCAACGCAGCGCGCAGAGGCAGCCCCGAGGGUCGCGGUACGGAGGAGGGCGGCGGGGCGGCGGGGGAGCUGCCCCCGGCCGCAGAGGCCCCGUUCCGGAGCUCCGCCUUCAGUCCCCAACCCGUCCCGCGGAGCUGCGCGUCCCACCGCGGCCAGGGGCAGCCGUGCCAGUACGCGGCGGGCGAAGGCUUCGGGCGGGGCGGCGGGGGCGGCCCGGGAGGCGCCGAGCCGGGCGGGACGUGCCUGGAGCGGCUGCGGACGGCCUUCAGGCCGGUGCUGAAGAGGGCCGCCUGCCCCUUCCUGAGCGCCGGCGGCGGGGCUCUGGCUGCAGCCAGGCUCUCGCCCUGAAGCAGGACCCGGUACUGCCCAGCGCCGAGCCCCCGGCCCGGGCACGGCGGGCACCGCUGCUCGCAGGGCGGGCGGAGCGGUCCCGACCUCGAUGCCGCUCGUUAAAUACGCGCGAUUGAUGUCUUUACCAAAACCGAGACUCAGCUUUUCUCCCGUUUCCCCACGUCGUGCUUUUGUUGUUACUUUCCCCCCAAACCCGCUGGUUCCAUUGCUCGGAGCGGCGGCGCACGACGCGCAGUCCCCGGCAGCACUGUCCCGGCCGCGCCGUGACCCCGCGGCACUCGGCGCUGCUCCGGGCGGGGACGGGGCGGCGGCGGUCGGGCGACCUCGGUGGGUCCGGGCCGCCGCCUCCGCCCCGGGCAGCGCUGCUCUCCGCGGGACGGCCGAAAAAGGGAAACCGCAUCUCUGCAUUCUUUCUGUUUAAUUAGAAGUGUCAUCAAACACUUUGUGUUCGAACUAAUAAACCAAGCAGGGAUGAGGAAAGAAUGUUUCUUUGUUCCUGUUUCUAGAAGCAGUGGCAAUAAUUUAAAUUAAUAACUGCGGUAAUUAAGAGGUCAUCUAUAGAUCAAGCCGAUACCUGCCAUUUCGAAGUUCACCGGGGUCAGCAUUUACAUUAAGUCAUUUGUGGUCAAUAGAGUCCAAUGAAUUCUGCCUUAAUAA